AUGCAUGCUGAUCGACAGAGCUCCAUCAAGAUGCCGGCCAAGGCUCUCCCGAGCGUAUGGUUGUGCGCGAAUUCGUCAUAUAGGACUCAGAAGGCCAGGCUAGCUACGCAGCUACGUUAG